GCAAAAGUAAAAUGGCGCCAACGCGACUCGUUGCUUAAUUAAAACAAGGCGUCUUUUCCUUUGUUAUAGUGCUUAAAAGUAUUGUAAGUGCUGUUAAUUUUGUUCCUUUAUUCGUAAAACAUUCGCUAAGAAAGUGUGAGUGCAAAGAUAGGCAGAAUACUAUGUACCCAGCACGGCUACGCUUCCCAUCAACUUCUUCGACGGACGAUAAUGAGAGUGGAACAGAUGGCGAGGCGGACCGGUCUCGACGCGCGAGCCUCAUGCACGGGCACGGCGCUCCGCCGCCUGGCCUUGUGGCGGUGCGCAAGCGACGUGGAAAUCUGCCCAAACAUUCCGUCAAGAUACUCAAGCGGUGGCUGUUUGACCACAGAUACAACGCGUACCCUAGCGACGCUGAAAAACUAACGCUCAGUCAAGAGGCUAAUUUAACAGUCUUGCAAGUAUGCAACUGGUUCAUAAACGCCCGGCGGCGCAUCCUGCCCGAGAUGAUCCGUCGCGAGGGGCACGACCCGCUGCACUACACCAUCUCCAGGCGCGGCCGCAAGCAGCCCGCUGGCGCGCCUUCGACGGCCAGCGGCUCCGGCGUUAUGAUCGCAACGUGGGACGGCGCCGAGGGCGAAGGCGAGGUCGAGGGUGAGGUCGAAGGCGUAGUCGGCGGUUCCCACGAGUACACCGAAGGGCUUCUAGUAUACCGCAGCGACGCCGACGGAGACGACGCGGCCGACGGCGAAGAAGGAUAUUCCUCCAGCGCAGUUAGUGAGGAAGAGGUCAAAUACGACCCUUCUGUGUGGCAGUCCGUCAUACGGUACGGGCCCGAAGAUGGACCCCACGUGGCCGCUAGAGGGACUGCAGCAGUAGUGACGGUGGUGCCAGCUAGCGGAGGCGGUAACGCGGGCGAGGGGGAGCGAGACAAGUUCAAAUGUCUGUAUCUACUCGUGGAGACCGCCGUCGCCGUGCGGCAACGGGAGAAGGAGGCCGAGCAGCUGCCCGUCUAG